AUGUCGAUCGAACGAAGGAGAAUCAACAGGUUCUCUGGUAGAGCCGUGCGAGCGCUUCCAGUGGCCCCAGUCUUGACGCCUGACCAACAAGCCGAGGCCGACAUGGAGAAGAUUAUAGUCGGGAUCCGAAACAUGACAAUUGGUCUCGACUCUUCAAGAAAUCCAGACCUUACCAUACCGCCCGCCGUGCGAACACCAGCGCAUGCACAGGUCUCGAUCACCUUGAAUGACCAGGGCGGGUUUCAUUUUGGUGAUGCCGUAACAUUUUCUUCCGCCUCGACCACUCAUCCCGUGAGAAAAGCGAAAGGCGUGAACACUAACAGCUCACACAAUAGGGGCAAGGCACCGACCAGGAGCGGGCGGCAUGCACCAUCGCACGUCCCGCCUCCUCUCCAGGAUCUUUCCAAAAUCCCCGCCAGGUUUAACCCGCCCACGCUAUCAUCACUUCCAGCGGAACUUAACAGCAUCAUUGUGUCAUACCUUGACGCUCCUUCGGCUGUUUGCUUGGCUCUGACCUCGCGCCGGCACUACGAUCGUGUCCUUGCGACCUGCCGUGUCGACACUUUGCGCGAAGUUUGCCCAAUAGAUGUUCGCGCCAUGAUACCUAAAAUGCUCCAAGCGUACAACCUGUUUUAUUGCAGAAGAGUCACAACCGACGCAGGGGAAGAGCUUGUCUGGGAACUUGAGAACAAGCUAGAAGUAUAUCCAAUUUUCGGCAUGUUCUUGUUCCUGGCAUUGCAACGAUACGAGUCAUGGUAUGAUUACCCGAAUUUUUCCAGGGAUGCCCUUGAUUGGCGAUCUGUGAACCGUCCUGCGGGGCGGGCGUUGGACGCUUGGUUUUCCAACCACUUCUCAAGCCAGCUAUACUGGACCUCCACGGUGAUGCCUCUUUCAGUAAGGCAUCAGCUACACCGACUCGCUCUGCGCCCGAGAACCCCUAGCGCGGAGUGGGAGCUCUUGAGACGGCGGUUGUCUUGUAGUGCAAUUCUGGACAAGUACCAGUACUGCGAAAUCCACUGCAGAUGGUUCACCUAUGGUCGACCUUGCACAGAUUACGACAUUGUUCUGGCAUGUCUUGGAAUAGUGAGGGCCGAACCUGAAGUCAGCUGA